UCAGGACAGGUGAAAAGCUCCGACAAUAGACGCUAACCCCUGCUUACAAGUUUCGGUUACCAGCGACAAAAACCCAGUCUUGCGUGUGGAGAUGUCCUGCGAGGAUGAAUAAUAACUUGCGCAAAAGCAAUCAAUCGCAACAGUGACCAUACCCACGCUGUCUCCGCGCCACGGAGAGGUGCUGGACCCACCUGUCUGCUCAACACCAUGCCCCACAAAAAGACUUGCCACGGGAAAGGGCUAGAACCUAUUGCCCUCUUGCGCAAUGAGGUGUGACUAAUAUGGGCUGACUGUCACCACCGACUGGGCAUGUGUUAAAAAAUGAAAGCGAGACUAUCGUACGAGUGCCAGAGAGGGAGAGACGUGUUCUCUUGCACACCUUGUAACCUGUUACCUGUCCGCUUUCUGUCUCCUCUGCCCUUUCCCUUACUCUGGCCGGAGCUCCAUCCCUCCUUUAUCAGUAACGAGACCUUGAGGUAGAAAACAAACUUUCCCACGAAUGCAAGACCACGUCAAGAGAUGGGCUAAAGUUAGCGCUGAGGUAACCUGGCCCCGCUCAUGUUGCGCGGAGGAAAAAGUCCCCCAGACAUGGCCGUCACCUGGUACACGCCCGCUGAAAGUCCAACAAGAAAAAUGACAAAUGGAACAGCAGUUGCAAUGAUCUGUGACGAAGCGGACUUUGUUUUCUCGGCUUAAGCACAAGGUUCCACCGCCCACCGGUCAUCAAGUCGGCCCCUUAACCGUCAUACCCCAGGCCGAUCUCUCAUUGAGGGGGUCUUCUAUGUGCUGUGCCAUCCCCCCUGUCAGACUGUCAGGUAAGUAAACCAUCAAUAAACGAUCCUGAGCUUGGGUACGAGUAUCAGAAUAAGACACCAUGACAUCGAGUUUUACUGUUCGAAUCUUUUACAAUGCGUUUCCCAUGUUUUCGUUUCUGAGACAAGUGUCCGUGACGUGUGUGAACUCCUGUCUCAGCAGUAUAAGAGGACAACACCGUAGUCCGACUCGCUCCGACCAACUCCAAUUCCGAACCUGAGGGGCAGGUGCUGCAAGGAACUGGCGCUGACAUCGGGGUGUGUUCCCAGCUGCCUCACCGCCUACAACGGCCCUAGUCAUCGUAUAUGAAAGUGCAUUCCAGGCUCGUCGAUGCAGACGAAGGUCGCUCAUUCCCUAAACCGCUUCUCUCAGCUCCUCAGCGAAGACAGAGAGAAGGACAGGACAGAGAGAUAAGGAAAGACAACUUGCGUGGUUCUCCCCGCCCCCCAACCAUCGAUGACCAUCGCCCAAGCAAUACUCGCACGGCGGCCGUAAACCUCCAGCGACUUUUGGCCGCAGUGCCGGCUGGACGAUGGGGACAGGACAGGCCAGCUCACUGUCAAAGGCCUCGUGCGUAAACAUCGGACCAAUCACGACACUAGGCGUGGGGGCAGUUCCGCCGUCCUCUGGGUGUUGUCGCCGCCUCCCGAAGCAGAUCGUUGCCGCCGACGCCGCCGCCGCGGCUGACCGCACCACGACACUCCACAGUUCCUCCCUCCUGUUGCUAAUGGCCCCCCCAACACGCAGGCAUUGCCGAAGUUCGAGCGAAGGAUACGUGUGCGCGAGAUCCGUUGCCACAAAGGAUUUUCCCACCUUCUGAUUCGCCACGCAUGGAGUAAUUCCAUCUGGAUCGUAAGCGAGCGUGCUUGUUUAGUUCGGGGGGAAGUGUGUGGGAUGUGUGUGGUGGGGUUUUGUUACUUGGCAGAACGUGCAGAAUGGUCUUGCUUCACGUUUUAACUGAUUUUAACGAAGCUGGAACAACAGUCGAAGAACGUUUUAUUUUUUAUUUUUUUUCGCGAUAGUUUUGAGUGAAGUUUAGAUUCGCUGCUACUUCUCACUUCAGUGUUUUUGCAGCAGGUGGUUAAAAGUGAAGAAGUUGCCAAAAAAAUAAAACAACUACCACCAAACCAUUAAAUGUUCGUUUGGAACGAUCUUCGAGGGACAUCUUUACAGUUGUUUCUGAAUUACAUCAAGCAGUGCCCACCCCCGUGCGCUGCAUGCUGUGAUAGGGCGCCUCCCUAGGGCGCCGCCCAUAGUACUGAUACCUAAAGGUUCUGGUCGCCGGAAUUGGAGGUUAUUCGACGAGUUCAAUCAGGAGGUUGAGCUAUUAAAGGAUUUUUCGCUUUCUUUGCUUUUGUGGGUUUUUCCCUUCAUCCUCUUCCCGCGCCACGUGCUGGCUCCCUCCUCCUCACAGCGUGGUGACAGAAAGGUGGGUGUCUUCUCCCUGGCGCCUUGUAGGCCCUGCGGUUCCAGACUCUUGUUCCACGGUAUCCCAGACUCAACCACGCCAUCUCGCCACAGUCAGAGCUCCCUGGGCCAGCGGCGGCGGCGGCCAGAGCAGCAGCACCAACCGUGCCUGCCGCUGGCGCCGCUGCUGGCCCCGCAGCUUCGACGAGUGCCCAUUCCUCUCUCGUCGACUGCCGUGACCUCCUUCACACCCGGAUCUCUUCCGUCGCUGGUCUGGCUGGUCCCUUCAUCCUGCUACUGCUGCUGCCAACGCCCGCCUCCUCCCGCCCAGCUGCCUCGGAGAUGCUCGCCGUUGGCCACCUAUCUGCUGCAGUUAUUAGACCCACAUCCGCGACGACGACAACCAUCGCUCACCUGCCGGUCGUUGAUCCCGCAUCGUCUAUUUUCAGCAACCCCAGUCUGGACCUGCCACAGGGGGACCAGCCUGUUCCCCCUUUCAGAGACGGUACACCUCCUCUGCCCCAUCACUGGAAAGCUUCCACUAACAGAACGAUGCGUGUACAGGCACGUUUCGGAAAGUACCUGGAGAUGUUGCAGAACGGAAAGACUCUUGGGGUGUCGGUGCCGACUAAUUUCAGUCUGUUCACGCUGAUGUCGCACGUGUCUUUUCUUGUCAUCAAAGGUUUCGUGAGUGACAAGUACCUUUGCAUGAACAACGUGACGACCAAGCUUUAUGCGAGCGUCACCCUCAACGAGAGCUGCUACCUGAAUGAGAGUACCCGGAGCAACAACCUGGUGUUCUUCUUCAGCCACUGCCGGGUGGGCCGCAAGCGCUGCACGCUGGGGAUGUACCGCAACGGCACGAUGCAGCUGGGCCGUGACGCACGGCAGUCUCGCGAGACUGCGCAGUGGCUCAGCAAGCCCGUGGGGGAGAAGGUGCUGGACGAGGCUCGCAUCAAGAAAGAAGAGAUCGAGAAGAACGGGUGGAAGCCCAGACGCCGCGAGCAGCAGCGCAAACGUGCGCGGCGUUGGUGCGUGCAGCUGGACGUGAUGGUCCAGCGUCCGGACAAAUACCUGAAGCGCUGCAAGGGGGACUGCCAGCUGCUCGAGAAAAUGCUGAACAACUCUCAGUUCUACAUGCGUCGGUGCCUGCAGCGGAUGGUGCGUCGGCGGCGGAAGAUGAAGGCCCUCAAGUCUCCCACGCCGUUGCCCACCUGGAGCCGCAACAACUGCGGACGAGAAUGAGAAAGAUGUGGCCCAAGCGGCACGACAUCUUUUCCCGGCUGCGCAAGCGACGCUGCAACAAGAUCGAGGACAGAAAUAGAAAAAAAAGAUGCCGGUCCAUCGAGUCCCGUCGGACCAAGAGGCGAAGAGCGAAACGGAAAAGCCCGUCCAGAUCUUUCAUUGACCUUCGAGGCGUGGAGGUGACCGGUUCGGGUUCAAGGACGGAAGACGUGACCUUUUCUGACUUCCGGUCAGGCGGUCAGGCACAGGAGAGGUGUUCGAGAGGAAAGGACUUCCAUCUCUGUGCUGUUACGUCCUUUGACUUCUCGGUGAUACUGACUUCUCUGGUGUAGCGGCCUCUCACGUGACCACUGGAAGCAGUGGUGCCAGACCAGCAUCAGUCUCUUCGGCCUCUUAGAACGCUUGAGCGACAGAAUGCAACUUCACUGCUGUUCCUUUGGCAAGAGACACACAACUUGCCUGUGUUGCUGGCAAGAGUGAGAAACGAGUGGGGAUCGAGUCCACCCCUACCUCUCUCUACCUCCCACCCUAACCCUGACGUGCAGGAAGAGUGCAUAUCUGUUCUCCUCUUCGCACUUAGAUAUGGUACAUUUCAUGCGAACCUAUUAAAUAGACAAGCAAUCAAUUCACAAUUUCCUUCUGUAGACAGUUCUCCUUAUUGAAGGAAAAGUAGACAAGGGGGUAGAGGGGGACAUGCCGAGAACGAGCGUGUCCAUGGUCGACAGACUAACGGUUAGUGCUGAUGUUCACGGUUCGCUGGAUCUGGGGGUAGCGGAUGAAUGUUGCUGUGUUCGAGGAACGAGAAUGUGGCCAGUGCUGGGAGACAUCUUCGUAACAUAUCUUUGCCAUAAGCAUAGCUUGUACUUGUCUCCUGCCCUAGGACACACACACACACACGCGUUCAUAUUCAUAGAAGUGUUCUUGAACUGUGCACAAAAAGUAUUUUCAGUUUGAUAUUUGGCUACCGCUGAUUUGAAAUCCGGCAGGACUUUGUGAAAAGUUUCGGCAAAAAUAGUCAUACAUAGCGAGCUGUAUGGUGUAAAUACGUAUAAACAUCAACUUACUAUUACUAACAUUAUUGCAAUUUUGUCUGUAUGCGUCUUGUUAUGUAAAAUUUGUUUGAUUAUGUGGUAUUCCACGUGUCCUUGCCUGCUUUGAAAGAAACGGUAGAAGAUGUAAAAGAGGAAAGUGAGGGUAGUGAGCAGGAAGGAAUGGAACAAACGGGAAACGUGUGAUGGAUGGACAUCACGGAGAAUGUCACAGGGUUAACUCACCUGGAACCAGCGGAAUAUGGUUCAGAACCCUGGCAUCUCUAUCACCCAACUGGUUUUAUGCCACCGCGGACAUUCUUUGCAUAUGUGAACGCUGGCUUGUGUGUUUGACUGUGCGCAUGUGCAUGAACACGACAGUGUAUGUGGGCGUUCAAGCGAGCAAACGCCCGAAGAACCAAAAUGCGAGAUUUGUAAAUGUGUUUGUGUGUGUGUUAUUAUACACUCGGCGAGCCUUACGUGUGCUACAAAGAAAUGUGAUGUACAGGUGUAAGUAUUAGCCGUCACCAAAUCGGGUGGAAUCACUCAACAAAACGUUUGACAGAAGAAAGAAAUGCGACACGUGUACAUAGUUUGUUGACUGUGCGUAUUUAUUUGAAGUAGCAAAUGAUGACACCAAGCGAAUGCAUGUUUCCAGAACUGAGAGACCGCCAAAGUCCCAUCAAGCUCUCGGUGUUGGUCCUCGACAUCAGAGAAAGCAUGGCUGUUUCUGAGGACCGAAAAUAUUUCUUUCUUGACAAUUUUUUCGAUGUCACUUUUCGCCAGAGAAAAUCUUAACUAGGAUUCUGAGCUUGUUUCGAACUGUACAGGUAUUCUCUAAACAUCAACAAACACAUUCAUCGCUUUUUUAGUCUCUUCAGUGCACUGUUCCUACUUUAGUGCUCACAACAUAUCCUUAGUCGAGCCCUUGUUUGUGGGAAACUUUGCUCUAAAAGUUAAGAAAAUAAGUUUUAAAUCUCGUUUGCUGAGCAGUCGGGGUUGGACGUGUCCUGAACCGUUUGAUAUUUUUCCGACUGAAGUCUGUAAAAUUACAGAGGAGUUGGUGAGUCUGGUGAUUGAAAAUUGACCUCUGACCCCAGGUGGGUGCUGCAAUAAAAUCUAUGCAAACCAGUAAAUCAGAGAUUUCUGCGAUUUGGUGCUUAACCCUUUUCUCGCAGGUUCCCGUGUUUUUUGCACAGCGUGCCUGAAGCGUCUUCCACGUCACAGGGGUUAAAAGGUCAGAGGUGAUUGAAAACAGUUUCACUGAUUUCUUCUGGAUGCUACUUCUGCGAAGGGCUUUCUUCUUACUUCAUGACUCAUUUAUAUUUCGAGAUACCUGGACCUUGGCACCGUUCAUUUUUUUCACGUAGAUUUUUGAAAGCUGUUUUCACUUUCAUUUUUAGUCCUUUCUUAUGUUUGAUGGUGGGGAUUAUCGUUAGUUCAUACCACCAUGUGAAUCGUUCCUGAACCGCUUCAUCGUGUCGUUUAUUGUAUAUUAGCUCGCGAACCGACUCAUUAUGUCAUAUUUUACCUCACAGACAAAAAUUGAUGAAGCAAGUGUUGGUCAUUUUCCGUGCAAUAUAGAAUGAGUGAGCUAUCAGUGCUGUUAGUCCGGACGGAUUUUUAAUUUUUUUUUUAAACAAAAGUGACCUUGCAGAAUGCUUUCUUCUUUUUUUGUGAAGCCUACCCUCACUUCAUUUUAAUUUAGAGAAUUAUACCACUAUACUACAGAGCGCAAUACAUUUGAAAACAUUUGUAAAAUGUGUUGGCGAAAAUUUCUGAAAAUUGCUUGAGGUGUUAGACAGGUCGUGAAUUGCUAUUGUAGUUUGUAAUGAACUCUCUCAAUUAGACUAUUUUUUUUUUUCAAUUUAAAGCUCUGGGGAUAUUGCUCUUUUUCGGACGAAAGCAAAAUUGUUUUUUUUUUGGUGAUUUUGGUAGUGAGCUCAUUUUUGUCCAUUUAGCAGUAACUAUAUUUUGGGGCUGGUGAGGGAAGGGCUGAGAGGAGCGUGGUCGUAACCAAAGUCGUUGGUCUUUUGCAAAAUAAUUUUUUUCAAACCGAGCCCGUCCCGUGUCAACAACAUUAUUUUAAAAUUACAGUUGGGUUCAUUCGACCAUGUAAAGCUUUCGUUCAUUUGUAGACUUCAACAAGCGACAGUCUUUUAGCUCAUUAAGUAAGCACCAAAAGCUCUUUGUCAUUGGACAGUUGAGUAGAAAUCGAAGCUUCUUUUUUUUUAAAUUAUUAUUUUAUUUCUGUUGAUGGAACCGUGACAACAGAUGCUUACCUUUUGACUUCUUUGUUUUCUUUUUUUAAGUAAUCUCACCAGCUCGCUAACAGUAUUUCCAAAAAAAUGUCCUGAUAAUUGUCUAUGAUAUGUAUCUUGAAAAUACAUAAAACAAUUCCUUGAGUU